GCAUUUCGUGAUCAACGGGCGCGGGAGCGCGAAAAACCUUAUCUUGCGAUUUCCUUCUCCGUUCUCUGCUGCUUUGUGAACAAAAACACAAGAGAAGGGUUGAAAAAUGUCUUUGUAUUCCGUCCACCCCCGUCUUCCUUGCGGGAGCUCCGGCUUGAGAUCGGAUCAAUGGAGGAGCGACCACCGAAGGAAGCCCAUCAUGUGCGUGCGCACGGUGGAGAAGAGUGCACGAGUGGCGACAGUGAGCAACGGUGAUGAUUCGCUCGUCAUUUGCCGCGUUCUCAAUGGGAUGUGGCAAACAAGCGGCGGAUGGGGUCGCAUCGACCGAGAUGACGCCGUUGAGGCCAUGCUCCGCCAUGCCGAUGGGGGCCUCACCACCUUCGACAUGGCCGAUCAUUAUGGGCCUGCUGAGGAUUUGUAUGGCAUCUUCAUCAAUAGAGUUCGUCGGGAACGACCUCCAGAGCUUCUUGAAGAGAUUAAGGGUCUCACAAAGUGGGUGCCACCUCCUGUCAAGAUGACAAGUGGUUUUGUGCGUGAGAAUAUCAAUAUUUCGAGGAAGAGAAUGGAUGUUGCUGCCUUGGAUAUGCUUCAAUUUCAUUGGUGGGAUUACAACAAUUCUGGAUACCUCGAUGCCUUGAAACACUUGACAGAUAUGAAAGAAGAAGGUAAAAUAAAGACAGUGGCUUUAACUAAUUUUGAUACUGAAAGGUUGCAUACUAUCCUGGAAAAUGGGAUUCCAGUAGUUAGCAAUCAGGUCCAGCACUCAAUAGUAGACAUGCGUCCACAGCAAAGAAUGGCAGAACUCUGUCAACUUACUGGAGUGAAACUUAUAACAUAUGGAACUCUAAUGGGGGGUUUACUGUCUGAAAAAUUUUUAGAUGCCAAUAUAACGAUUCCCUUUGCUGGCCCGCCUUUAAAUACCCCAUCUCUGCAGAAGUAUAAGAGGAUGGUUGAUGCUUGGGGAGGUUGGAAUUUGUUCCAAGUUCUACUCCAAAUCUUGAACAAGAUAGCAUCAAAACAUGGGGUCUCCAUUCCAACAGUAGCUGUCAGAUACAUACUGGAUCAGCCAUCGGUUGCGGGAUCCAUGGUUGGUGUAAGACUGGGCUUGUCGGAACAUAUUCAAGAUACAAAUGCUGUGUUUUCACUUACUUUAGAUGAAGAGGAUGUAGACAACAUAGAUGAGGUAAGAAAGAAGGGGAGAAAUUUGAUGGAAUUGAUCGGUGACUGCGGUGAUGAGUACAGACGGGCAUGAUUUCCAUAAUUUAUCUCGUGGAGUUGAAGAUGUUAUAACGCUAUGCCUAGACAUGUAUUGGUCCCUGAACAGUCAAUCGACUUCUUAUAAGUGUCUUCAACUGUAUGAUGAUUACAAAUGUUGAGUAUGUCCUGUCUGCUGUUCUACCUUCUUUUUCCUAUCAAACAAUUCAGUCAGUGUGAUAGAUAGACUACUCUGUACCAUACAAUUAGUAAUCAGAACUUGAAAUUCCAAUUCUUUCUACAAAGAAUCAUUUGUAUA